AUGAAUCUGUCUGACACGACGACUGACCCGAUGCUCACACUGAAUAGCAGUCAUGGAGACGUAUUUUCCAGCAGUGCUUCAAACCACUCCUGUCCCUUAGGCUGGGGGCUAACAAAAGGCUUGGAGGCUUGCAUCCUGGAAACUGCUGUUGUUGUACUCCUGACAGUGCUGAUUAUUGCUGGUAAUUUGACAGUGAUCUUCGUAUUCCACUGUGCCCCACUGCUGCAUCACUACAACACCAGCUACUUCAUCCAGACCAUGGCGUACGCAGACCUUCUAGUAGGUCUGAGCUGCUUAGUGCCAACCCUGUCUCUCCUACACUACCCGGCAAGUGUCCAGGAGCCAAUCACCUGUCAAGUUUUCAGCUAUAUCAUCUCUGUUCUCAAAAGUGUUUCAAUGGCCUGUUUGGCAUGUAUUAGUGUGGACCGCUAUUUGGCUAUAACUAAACCACUAUCUUACAACCAACUGGUAACGCCAUGCCGGCUACGAGGCUGCAUCACUCUCAUAUGGGUUUACUCCAGCCUAGUCUUCUUGCCCUCCUUCUUUGGUUGGGGCAAGCCUGGCUAUCAUGGGGACAUUUUUGAAUGGUGUGCGCAUUCUUGGCCAACCUCAGCCAUCUUUACAGGCUUUGUUGUAUGUUUGCUGUAUGCACCUGCUGCACUUGUGGUCUGUUUUACCUACUACCACAUCUUUCGCAUUUGCCAGCAGCACAAUAGGGAGAUCAGUGAACGACGGGCACGUUUUCCAAGUCAAGAGAUGGAAACUGUUGAAGGGGAUCGGGAUGGGCAUCAAGGAGGACAUGGACCGGAUCGGCGGUACGCGAUGGUGCUCUUCCGAAUUACAAGUGUUUUCUAUAUGCUCUGGCUACCCUACAUUAUAUACUUUGUGUUGGAAAGCUCCCAUGUCCUGGACAGCCCAGCUCUUUCCUUCAUUACCACUUGGCUUGCAAUUAGCAACAGUUUUUGCAACUGUCUCAUCUACAGCCUGUCCAAUAGUGUGUUUCGCUUGGGCAUGCGCAGGCUCUCACAGACAAUUUGCUCCUUCAGUCACUGUGCUGCUGAUGACAGGGACCUUGGGAAGCCUAAACCCAGACAACGGGCAAACUCCUGCUCCAUCUGA